ACUUCAUCGUGUCGUUGUCAUCCUAUCUCAUACAGGCAUCGACGACGUCCUGUUUGACCAUGUGUCCGAACGAUCAUCAUCACCUCCAGGUCAAUAAAGCAUACCUGCACGGUCGAGAGCGUCAAAAGGCAUACCACAUUUCGUUGCAGAUCGUUACGCUGGUGAGGCUUGUAGGCUUGCAGCUGAACGGACACUAUUGGUGGUGUUUCCACCAGACACAUCAGCCGUAAAGGUAAAGGGGCUGCUGGCUGGUAUGAGUUGGUAAAAGAGCUAUCGUGCCUUCCUCUCGAUCUGCCCUUGAUUCUUGCCCUGUCGUGUGUCUGUUGCUUGCACCUGACCUGCCUUCCCGUCGACACCUGCGUUGCGAGGUGCAACAUCGUUAUCGCGCAGCGCUUGAUAGUGUCGAGCACUAACGCCUGCAGGCCUUUGUAUUGCUACUUCUAUUCCUGUUCACAUCAUAUAUCGAGUAUACAAUGCAGUCCCCUCUUGCUAAGCUCCAGCGUCUACUAUGCAUCACCCCAAACCCGGGCCCGAGUAUUGAAAAUGGAGCCGGCAAGCAACAUACAGAGGCUCAACCCAUCGAUAAGGUCGACGGACAAGAUGGCCGACGAUCUAGCGACACGAGCAACUCCACAGCAACUACCGAGAGCAUGCAUUCCAACCAUAUUAUCAACGUCCUCAAGGCCUUCAACUUCCGCAACCUGAAUACCCUCAAAGAUGUUGCUCUCGUCGGAGUGGACGGCGAGCCGGUCGAUGAUAGGACGUAUCUAAUGGAACGCAUCGUUCAACUGGCAGCUGACCUUCCUGUCACCAGCAGGUCCAGUGCUACAUUGACGAAUGCAUUCCUCAAUCAACUAUGGACAGACCUCCAGCACCCACCUCAGUCAUACCUCGGCAACAACUUCAUCUUCCGGAAAGCUGAUGGAAGUGGGAACAACAUUCUAUGGCCCCAUCUCGGUGCUUCUGGUCAACCCUACGCCCGUACGGUGCGCCCGACACUCAUGCAACCUAUUGCGCGUCCAGAUCCUGCCGUCGUCUUUGAAAGUCUGAUGGUGCGCAGAAGAUUCGAACCACAUCCGAAUAGCAUCUCAAAUGUGCGCAUUCUUGGUUUCCCGCCUGGUGUGGGUGUUCUUCUCAUCAUGUUCAACCGCUUUCACAACCACGUCGCGAAGGCAUUGGCGCUCAUUGAUGAAGGUGGCCGUUUCUCCAGGAUUCUGCACCCUCACAGCGGCUCGCAGAAAAUCACGGAUCCAGAGGUUGAAUAUGAUGAAGCGCUGUUCCAAACAGCUCGGCUGAUCACGACUGGUUUGUACAUUAACAUCAUCCUAAAGGAUUACGUCAGGACGAUUCUGAACCUUAACCGGGUGGACAGUACUUGGGACCUGGACCCGAGAUCUGAGGAAGGCAAGGCUAUCUUUGGUCACCAAAUCCCCGAAGCCACUGGAAAUUCAGUAUCUGCCGAGUUCAACCUCAUUUACCGUUGGCACUCUUGCGUUUCACAGAAGGAUGAGCAGUGGACGCAUGAGCUCUUCCAGAAGCUCUUCGGAGACCAGGAGCCAAGAAACAUUGGUGCCUUUGUAACUGCACUUACUGAGUGGGCAAAGACUCUGAGUCCGGAUCCUGUCAAACGCGACUUUGCUGGUCUUCAGCGGCAACCAAACAACAUGUACCCCGACGAGGAGCUGGCAAAGAUCUGGACCGCGUCAGUAUCGGAUGUUGCGGGCAGAUAUGGGGCCAGUCAUGUACCAGCCAUCCUGAAGACUGUGGAAGUACUGGGCGUAAUCCAGAGUCGUUCCUGGAAUCUGGCCAGUCUGAACGAGUUUCGAUCAUAUUUCAAGCUUCAGCCACAUAAGAAAUUUGAAGAUAUCAAUCCGGAUCCGGAGAUCGCAGAACAGCUGCACCGGCUUUACGGUCACCCCGACAAUGUCGAAAUAUACCCUGGCAUCGUCGUUGAAGCGGCUAAAGAACCCAAGGUACCCGGCAGCGGUCUCUGCACUAGUUUCACGAUUUCUAGAGCAAUACUGUCGGACGCUGUCGCCCUCGUCAGAGGCGACCGAUUCUAUACUGUCGAUUAUACCCCUGCCAACCUGACAAAUUGGGGUUUCUCACAAGCUGAUUACGAUACUUCAGUCAACUAUGGCUGUGUUUUGUACAAGUUGGUUCUCAAUGCGCUUCCCAAUAGCUAUCGAUCAAACUCCAUAUUUGCACAUCAUCCAUUGGUUACCCCGGAUGAGAACAGGUCCAUUCAGUUGAAACUGGAGAAAGCGCAUCUCUACAAUUUUGAUGCACCUACACAAAGUCCUCCUCCUCAAAUGCUAAAGUGUAUCGAGGCCUGUCAGCAAGCACAUCACGAUGCGGAUGCUUUUGGGCUUACUUGGGAUCCAGCUGUCGUCGACCCCUCCCAGCGCCUAGCAAAGAACACGCAGACCAACACCUUUACGUUAGCUCGGAUGCUAUUGGAGAUCGAAGGGUUGCAGCACUCCGCAACAGCAAUGUACCAGGAGAUACUGUCGGAGCUGCUCGAAAGUGAAUCAUAUCGGAUGGCCGGCAGCCGCCAGGUAGACAUGGUGCGUGAUGUGUUCAAUAUUGCGCAUGCACGAUUUGUUACCAGUUUGUUCCUCUUGCCACUUGGUCGAAAGGGGCCAUCUCACGGCCUCUACAACGAGGUUGAUAUCGGAUCUUUGCUGUCGGCUAUAUAUGCCUGUACAAGCCUAGAGUCGGGAGCCGCACACCGGUUCGUCAUCACAGCCAAACGGCAAAGUGCAAUACAGCAGCUAGCAAAGCACAUUCAAAGCGAGGUCACGGAAAUCAUCAAAAGCAAUGGUACGACCCGGCCACAGUCAAAGGGCGAGCUCCGGAACUUCAUCGUCCAGGCUAUCUGCAAAACAUCUAAGGCCGGCUUCUCGCCUGAACACAUUGUGUGGCAUCAGAUUCUUCCCCUGGCCGCCAUCAGCUACGUCAAUCAAGCACGUAACACAGCUGAAAGCCUUGAUUAUCUCCUUGGCCAAGGACAGGCACAGCUACAGCAAGUGCCGAAGCUCUUAGACUCUGGUGGCGCAGUUCGCCGUGAGACGAUCAACACGUAUAUCCACGAUAUUCGAGGCAAUUUACCGCCGGAAGUUCUUACAAGAGAAGUCCUAUCGACUGUGACCAUCGUUGACGAUGGCCGUCAAAUGGAGCUCAGUGUCGGCCAGCGUCUUAUGUGCAUGGUGAAACAAGAAGAGGCAAUGCUGACCGCGUGGGGAGGUGAAUUAUCUCUGAGGGCUAUGCUCAGCCGCUCGGCCUUAUCCGCAUCCCUUCAAGUCUUGUGCGGUCUUGAGAACUUGAGGAGGACCCCGGGUCCAACAGGUAGUCUGCGCCGAUUGAGGCAGGGAUAUCUGACCACAUAUCUCAACGUUGAAGAGAAUGCGAGUUGCUCGCAUCCGGUGUCAAUGAAAGUCGAUUGGGAUGAGCGAUAG